GUGUUGCGUCAUCAGGAGGCGCCGCGGCGAGGCCCCAGAGGUCGGCCUCCUCGCUGCUUUUCGGGAUGUCGGUGGCUUUCGUACCCUACUGGAUGAGAGGCAAGGCGGUGGUUGAUCAAGAGACGAUCCAGCGACUCCUGGAGGAGAAUGACCAACUGAUCCGCUGCAUCGUGGAGUAUCAGAACAAGGGCUGCGCGAACGAGUGCGUUCAGUAUCAGCAGGUGUUACAUAGAAACCUCAUUUACUUAGCUACCAUAGCAGAUGCCAGCCCAGCCAGUACUUCAGAAACAACGGCGUGAUCUUCUGCUUGGCUGUUGCGAGGGGUGAGCAGAUAUAAGCCCGCUUCUGUGAAAUGGAAGUAGGAUCUUUAUCAUCUCCAUUGCUUGGAACGUGAAUGAAACCUCUGUGCCGCCUUUUCAAAUGGGAAAAUGUGGAGAAACCUACUAACUUAAUUGUAUUCUCAAUGUAAAUAUUUAUUUUAAUAAUAAAUUGGAUCCCU